AUGGCGAGGAUGCCACAUUUAGCCAAUUACAAGCUUGUAUUCCUCGGCGAUCAAGCCGUCGGUAAAACCAGCAUCAUCACUUGUUUCAUGUUCGAUAAAUUCGACUCCACUUAUCAGGCUACAAUAGGAAUUGAUUUUUUGGCCAAAACAAUGCGGCAUGAAGAUAGGAUUUUUCGUCUGCAAUUGUGGGAUACUGCUGGACAAGAGAGAUUUAAAAGCCUGAUACCUAGUUAUAUCAGAGAUUCUUCUGUUGCUGUAAUUGUCUAUGAUUGUGCAGAUAAGCAAUCGUUUAUUAACACCUCCAAGUGGAUUGAAGAUGUUCGUGCAGAAAGAGGCAGUCAUGUCAUCAUUGUUCUUGUUGGGAACAAGACCGAUCUUGUUCAUAGAAGGUAAACAAAAAUCAAAGAAGGGGAUAACAAAGCUCGUGAGGUUGGAGCUUUAUUCAUAGAGACUAGUGCAAAAGUUGGAUUCAACAUUAAGCCUUUGUUCUGUAAGAUUACAUCGGCGUUACAGGGAAUUGAGACACAUACUUGGACGAAACAAGAGGAUUUGGUGGAUGUGAACCUAAAGCCAUUAACCAAUUCAUCUCAGGCAGAGCAACAACAGGGGAAUUGUUCUUGUUGA